AUUUGAUACAAUCUUGAACGCGUUCCGCGUCCAUCAUGCCUCGCGAAAUUGUGACAGUCCAGCUCGGUCAAUGUGGCAAUCAAGUGGGCGCUGUGUACUGGCAACGCCUCUGUGCUGAACACGGAAUCAACAAAGAAGGUAUCCUCGAGGAAUGGGCGACCGAAGGUGGAGACCGCAAAGAUGUCUUCUUCUACCAAGCGGACGACGAGCAUUAUAUUCCACGCGCGAUCCUUGUCGACCUGGAGCCUCGCGUUAUCAACAACAUCCUCACCUCACCGUGGGCGAAUCUGUACAACCCGGAGAACAUUUUUAUGUCGAAAGAUGGUGGUGGCGCUGGAAAUAACUGGGCGCAUGGGUAUGCUUCUGGGGAGAGACUGUAUGAAGAGGUCAUGGAAAUGAUUGAUCGAGAAGCUGAAGGGAGCGACUCUCUGGAGGGCUUCAUGCUCAUGCAUUCAAUAGCAGGAGGCACGGGUUCAGGAUUCGGUUCCUUCAUUCUCGAGCGCCUGAAUGAUAAGUUUCCCAAAAAGCUCAUCCAAACAUACUCUGUUUUUCCGAACGCCAACGAGGGUGAUGUCGUGGUGCAGCCUUACAACUCUCUCCUUACCCUUAAGCGUCUAACGAACCAUGCUGACUCGGUCGUUGUCCUGGACAACGGCGCAUUGGCGCGGAUAUCGGCAGAUCGAUUGCACGUUCAAACACCUACUUUUGACCAGACAAAUCAGCUCGUCUCAACAGUCAUGGCUGCGAGCACGCAGACACUUCGAUAUCCAGGAUAUAUGAACAACGACCUUGUGGGCAUAAUAGCCUCACUCAUACCAACGCCUCGAUGUCACUUCCUUAUGACCUCGUACACACCCUUCACAAGUGAUCAAAUCGACAAGGCAAAACCAAUUCGUAGAACAACAGUCCUUGAUGUUAUGCGACGUUUGCUUCAGCCAAAAAACCGCAUGGUGUCCACAACACCAAGCAAAACGGCCUGCUACAUCUCAAUCUUGAAUAUCAUCCAAGGAGAUGUCGACCCAACGGACGUUCACCAAUCACUUCUGCGGAUACGAGAACGUCAGCUCGCGAACUUUAUACCUUGGGGACCAGCAUCGAUACAAGUAGCUUUGACGCGUCGUUCGCCAUAUGUCACGACAAAUCACCGCGUCAGCGGACUCAUGCUUGCUAACCACACGAGCAUUGCCUCGCUAUUCAAGCGGAUGCUCGACCAGUUUGACCGGCUCCGGAAACGAAAUGCAUUUUUGGAGCAAUACAAGAAAGAGAAAAUGUUUGAGAAUGGACUGGAAGAAUUUGAUGAUGCGAGGUCGACUGCAGAGGAGUUGCUCAAAGAGUAUAAGGCUUGCGAGAGUGCGGAUUAUAUUACUUAUGUAAGUUCUUUUGUUCACCGUUCAUUGUAUCUGCGCUCAGGUCAAGAGUUACAGGGGGCGCCAGACGCAGAACAGGGUUCAUAG